AUGGCGAUUAACUCCUGGCUCCCCGCAGCGCGCAAGCUGCUGUCUCUCGCUCUCCUCGUGCUCCUCGCCGUCACCAGCGCCAACGCAGCACGGCCCAUGCUGCAGGCGUCAUCGACCACCGCAGCAGCCGCCGUCACCGGCGCUCGCACGUUCAGCUCUACCUCGGCCUUGGGAUCUCCGCACAGGGUCGAGCGGAAGCUGUUUAGCUGGGACGGGGUGACGGCGGAUCAGAUCAUGGCAGGGAGCUUGGGCACAAUCGAGGGUGUGUAUGACGACGGCGAGGUGACGGUGAAGGUGGUGGAAAUUUUCAUGAACGCGGGUUACAACGUGAUGGUGAUCAAGAAAACUAACUUGCACUUGGUGAAUGGGGAUCCGUCGUCCGCCGAGGUCAAAGUUGCACAUUUCUUUUAUGACCCGGUAUUUGUGGUGUAUUACAAGCAGGGUCCGUUCUCGGUUGAGAACAUGGACGAUGGCGGGUUUCAGAAUUGGGCGUUUGGAGGGGUUUGGGAGAGAAAGGAGCAGGAGGAGGAGGAGAGGAGGGAGGAGGAGGAGAUGGCAGUGCGAGUGGAGGCGGCUAUAAGAGAGAGAGUAGAAGCGGAGUUGGCAUGCGAGCGGGUGCAGCAGCAGGUGGCAGCGAUGGCGGCAGCAGGCAGGCAGAAGCUGAGGGAGGAGGUGCAGGCGCAGUUGGAGAGAGAGAAGCUGGCACUGCUGGCCGAUGCCCGGCAGAAAGAGGAGCAAAAGCGGAGGGAGCAGGAGGAGCUGGAGCAAAUGUUGGCGGAGAAUCAGAGGAAGGUGGAGGAGGCACAGAGGAGAGCAGCGGAGGAGAGAGCGAGAGAGGAGGGGCUGAGACACAAGGAGCGAGAGGCAGUCAAUGCUGUGGGGUGGCGGGUGUAG